AGUUCGUCAACACCAAGAAUCCGAGCCAUUGAGCGGCGCCCACCCUCUCGCACACCCCCAAAGCGAUGAGUGUCUCACGCCCCGCAAGAUGUCUCCUCUCCGUCCCCUCAAUACCACGCUUGCACCCACGUCUGGGUCCGCGAACCUUUCACACGACGCCUAAACUCGCAGAGCGCCGCCGACCACGAUACACCAGCAUCAAAGCCUCCGACCCGGCUCUCAUAGAGGCCCAACGCAAGGCCAAGGUCGAACAGGCACGGGAAACGUUCAAGGCGUAUACGGCCGAGGAAAAGGAGUUUCUUGCAAAGCAGUAUACGCCGGAGCAACUGGCCGCUAUCGAGGCGGGAGAGAAGGCGAUUGACCCGGUGGAUUUGGAUGCGCGGGGUGUCAUAAGGUCGGAUUGGGGGAGUCUGACGUACGUGGAUGAUUUUGCGACGAGGCGGCCGUUUGUGGAUAAGAAGGCGAGUGCGUUUGAGGGGCCGGUGGAUCCUAAUGCGAGGUUGAUGACGCUGGAGGAGAUGAGUCUGGCGGAUGCGGAGUAUGAGUGGAAUAUUAUACAGCAGAAUCCCCAGGAGAAGGAUUUCCCGUUCGAUGAUCCGGUGAGGCGGGCGGAGGCUCGUCCUAGUCGGACGGAUUUACUCAAGUCGUUUGAUGAGGUGCCGAUUACGGUGGGAAGUCAUGGUCCUAUAUCGCCUAAACACCAAUCUAUUGUUGCGCCUAUGCUUCCAAUUGGUAUUGAAGCUGCUGUGGACGGAACUGGGAAGCAGGUGGGGGAUGAGGAGGCGGAUGUACGAGAUCCGGAUGGUGUCUACGAUUUACUGCGGCGACAAACUGGUCUGACAUUGGACCAAAUUUUCGAAUACAGAGUCAAGAUUCUGGUGCAACAUCGUGUUGUUAAUCAAACCCGUUUGGGCAAGAUUCAGAGUCUGUACUGUCUGGCCAUUUGCGGAAAUGGAGAGGGCAGAUUAGGGAUUGGAGAAGCGAAGGGUCAGGAAACAGAGGAUGCUAUGAAGAAUGCGAGGAUUCAGGCGAUCAAGAAUAUGAAGCCUAUACCCCGGUACGAGAAUCGUACAAUUUAUGGAGAAGUAGAGGGGAAGGUGUCGGCAGUGGAGGUUAAACUUAUGAGCAGGCCACCAGGUAUAACUUCCCAGCCUAAAAAAACAUUCUAUAAUCGCUAAUAAAAUUACAGGAUUUGGUCUUCGUUGCCAGCACCUGAUCUUCGAGAUGGCUCGCGCAGCCGGUAUCCAAGAUCUCGCCGCCCGAGUCCCUAGAUCACGAAACAAGAUGAAUACAGUAAAAGCCACAUACCAAGCAUUGAUGAAGCAACGCAUACCCGACGAGAUCGCCAGGGGACUGGGAAAGAAGCUGGUGGAUGUGAGGAAGGUGUAUUAUGGUGGUCGUGUAUAAUGACUUGUACUGUACAAAGCUUUUUUCGACAUACUGUAAUGCCGAUGUGUAGGAAUAUGAGAUGGUGCAGUAGCAUGUUUGCAUGGAUGGGCAUCCACGGAAGCGCAUCGUCAAUGGGAAAACCUACAAC